AUUUCGGCCGCGAGCUGCACUGCUUUUCUUUGAGAGACAUAGAGAGAGGAAGACAGCGGACAGCGCACUACAGCACCAUGGCAGCCAACACGUACGACGUGAUAGUUAUUGGGGGCGGCAUUUCAGGUUUAAGUGCAGCUAAACUGUUGGUGGAAACCGGUUUAAACCCUGUGGUUUUGGAAGCCAGAGACCGUGUUGGUGGAAGAACUUUCACUGUUCAGAAUAAGCAUGCCAAAUGGGUGGAUUUGGGCGGAGCAUACAUCGGACCCACUCAAAAUCGUAUUCUUCGUCUGGCCAAGGAGUAUGGUGUUCAGACCUAUAAAGUCAACGAAGAAGAGUCCCUGGUUCACUAUGUGAAGGGGAAGUCAUAUCCAUUCAAGGGGCCUUUUCCCCCAGUGUGGAACCCUUUAGCGCUGCUGGACUACAACAACCUCUGGAGGACAAUGGACAAGAUGGGUAUGGAGAUCCCAAGAGAAGCUCCAUGGAGGGCCCCAAAUGCUAAAGAGUGGGAUAACAUGACCAUGAAAGAGCUCUUGGACAAAGUUUGCUGGACAAGCACUGCCCGCCGCUUUGCCACACUGUUUGUUAAUGUGAACGUGACCUCCGAACCUCAUGAGAUUUCUGCUCUCUGGUUUCUCUGGUAUGUCAAGCAGUGUGGAGGCACCAUGAGGAUCUUCUCCACCACUAAUGGAGGCCAGGAGCGAAAGUUUUUAGGAGGGUCAAGUCAGAUAAGUGAGGGCAUGGCUAGAGAGCUGGGAGACAGAGUCAAGCUUCAGAGUGCUGUCUACGGCAUUGACCAGAGUGGAGACAUGGUGGAAGUCAAGACCGUCAAUGGGGAGACAUAUAAGGCAAAAUACGUUAUUCUUGCCAUACCACCAGGGCUGAACCUAAAGAUCCACUUUAACCCUGAACUCCCUCCACUGAGGAAUCAACUUAUCCACAGAGUUCCCAUGGGCUCAGUCAUCAAGUGCAUGGUCUACUACAAGGAGAACUUCUGGAGGAAGAAGGGUUACUGUGGAACCCUGGUAAUUGAAGAUGAGGAGUCACCUAUCGGUCUGACUCUGGAUGACACCAAGCCUGAUGGAACAGUGCCAGCCAUUAUGGGUUUCAUCCUUGCACGCAAAAGCAGGAGUUUGGCUGGACUCACCAGGGAAGAAAGAAAGAAAAGGAUCUGUGAGAUCUAUGCACAUGUCCUAGGCACUGAGGAAGCUUUGCAUCCUGUGCACUAUGAAGAAAAGAACUGGUGUGAGGAGGAAUACUCUGGUGGUUGCUACACAGCCAGCGUCCCCCCUGGAGUCCUCACUCAGUUUGGCAAAGUCCUGAGGGAGCCCGUGGGCAGACUUUACUUUGCAGGCACUGAGACCGCUACAGAGUGGAGUGGUUAUAUGGAAGGGGCUGUGCAGGCUGGAGAGAGAGCAAGUAGGGAGAUUUUGUAUGCAAUGGGGAAAAUCCAUUCAAGUCAAAUCUGGCAAACAGAGCCUGAGUCUCUGGAUGUCCCUGCUUUGCCGAUUGGCACCACAUUCUGGGAGAGAAAUUUGCCAUCCGUCGAAGGAGUCCUCAAGUUUAUGGGCAUGUCCUCAGCCCUGACUAUUGCCACCGCUGUGGGUGUAGUGGCCUAUAAAAAGGGACUCCUUCCCCGAUGCUAGAGCUCCUAAUACAGUGACUCACUGACCUUGGUUAAGACUGACAGUCUCCAUACCAAGGAAAUGCUACUGACAAGGCAUGAGCUCAUGUCAGUUAAAAAUAGAUUUAAUUUUUAACAUCCAAUCCCAUUUUUAUGUACAAAUAAAAUACCUAAUCAUUCCUGUUGAAAUGGAAGCUGCGUUUUCUCAGGACACACCAUAGUGAGAAGUGAGAACCAGUAGGAACAUCUGUCUGGUCACUGAUUUUCAAGGCCACAGACAACAUUAAAUAUAUUUCACCACAUAGUCACUACACAUAUCCUCACAUACGACACAGCGUGUGUGUAAUGAACUAGUUGAUUUGAUUACCUCUGAUGAUUUUAGGUGCUGUUCUAAAGAACUCCUUACCUGAAAUAGCCUUUCAGUCUACAUGUGACAAAGCUAAAGCAUUAUGCUGAUCUUUUUUCGUUUUGUUUUGUGAAAACCUGACACACGAAUCUGGAGAAUCUGUCCUCUCUGACACAUGACACACAAAGUGCACACAGCUUCUGUCUUGUGUGGUUUAGAUGGCUCUGGUUGUCAGAGUGGCCCACAAUCGCUAAAGCUAUAGAAAGCCCGGAUUGUUGGAAUUACUUCAUGCUGCAUGAUUGUGGCAUUUGUUUCAAUGAUGAUUGAUUUUUAAUGAAGAUAUAUGAACAUAUUCUUUUCUUAUUUCAUAUUAUAUAUGAUAUUGAAAAUAAUUUAGACAGAUAUAUAAAUUGAUAUAGUGCUUUUUUUUAUUCGGUGAAUUCCAUACACCUUUUACCAUAUUGCACCAUACACAGUGAUAUCAUUUCUUUACUAUUUCUACAUACAGGAAGCCCCUUACUGUACAUCAGGUUUUAGUAUUUUAACAGAAGAUUCAGCAUGAGGGCAUGUUAGAAUAUAGAAAUCUCCAGAAUAUGCCAGUUUGAUUCUGAUACUUUACUGUAGCUAAGUUUUAAUAUUUCACUGCCAAAACAUAGUAGUAUGCGAAACCAAAAGAAUUUAAAAUUUCUGUGUGACUUAAAAUGUGACUAAAUGGAAAUGGUUGUAAUACAUCCAGAAGAAAGACAUAAGAAAUGGGACAAAAUUGAAUAGAUGUGUGUGUGUGAGCCUGGUGUUUUUGGAAUGUGUCAUUGUUCUAGAGGUGUGUUGUGUUGUCUGUGGCGCCUUAACAAUUUAGUAGUGCUUGUCAUUUCUCAAGUGCCUCUGUGAUGGUGUGUGUGUGUGUGAUUUUUGUGUUUAAUGUGUGGUCUGUGUGUGUUUGUCAUAUAGCUCCUGGGUCAGUCACUGGCUACUUUAGUGAGUAGAUGUACUUCAGACGAACUCUCCCUUAUUGCUUAAUUUCCUUAUUAAUUGUUUCUUUAUGCAAUACAAGGAUGAUGUUGUGUUACCUUCAUAGACUUCACAGAUUUCAAUUUCAAGAAACAAGUGAGAUUUUCCAGAUAAUGUCUUCAUCAUGUCUAGUUAGGUGCUGCUAGCGUCUCAUGUUCCUGUUGUCAUGUUCAUGCUGAUGUGCAAUGUCUGUACUGAUCUUUGACAUUUUUGAACAACACAAUAUCUCUCACCACUAAAGUAGCCACCAGUGAACCAGUGAAGACUGAUGUGAAACAGAUAGCAAGCAAAGUGCUGACUAUUUGAAAGUUUACCAAAACUUAACUGAGGUUCUGAAGUUCCUAUAUCAUACGUUAUUUUAUUUUUGAUUUUUUUUUUUAAAUCUGGUGGACUAUGAACUGUAAUUGUGCCGUGACUGUUGGUGAAGUCUUUAUGUCACUUGUGGUUGAUGUAACAACUUUUCCUGGCGAGUCAUGUCUCUGUGCGCUAACAAACACUUUGCUAAUCCAUGAACUCCUAUGUAAUCUGUUUGCUGCUGUUUGUCUCUGUGAGGACCCUUCCCUUUGUCAAGCCAUGUGAGUGUGCACAGUGUCUAAUGUUAUCGUCUUGUAAUUCCAUUACUUGAUCUCUUUGUACAAAUCCAACAACACAUCUGGUAAUAAAAAUGUGAAAUUUACCUCA